GGCAGACAGGCCACGGGGAAGGUACUUGGAGGGCUGGAGCUGUCAGUCAGACACCCCCGGUGAAUGGCAGGGACCCACAGCUGGGCCUGGGCUGGGGGGAAGUGUGGCUGCUUCCCAAGGAAACCGCUGCCAGCUCCUACUUCUGGGGACGGAAGCUGAGCCAGCCUUGCCUGCGGAAAGACGCCCUGCUAGCGGACUUGGAGUCCACCACCUCCCACAUCUCCAAGCGGCCCGUGUUCUUAUCUGAGGAGACCCCCUACUCCUACCCAACUGGAAACAAUACCUACCAGGAGACUGCCGUCCCGCCCCCCGUUCCGCCACCCCCAUCCAGCGAGGCCCUGAAUGGCACCGUCCUUGACCCCUUAGACCAGUGGCAGCCCAGUGCACCCCGAUUCACCCACCAGCAGCCUCCAUCCCCCGUCUACGGCUCCAGUGCCAAAGCUUCCGGUGCUCCCAUCCCCCAGGACGACGGGGGCGGCGUGCUGGGUCUCCGAGCUGCAGAGGAGGAACACGUCUACAGCUUCCCCAACAAGCAGAAGUCAGCCGAGCCUUCCCCCACCGUGAUGAGCUCCUCGCUGGGCAGCAACCUCUCCGAGCUCGACCGCCUGCUGCUGGAGCUGAAUGCUGUGCAGCAUAGCCCCCCGGGCUUCCCCACAGAUGAUGCCAACUCUGGUCCCCCGCUGCCUGGGGCACUGAGCCCCCUCUAUGGCAUCUCAGAAAACAACAGCUCCCUUGGGGUCAAAGCUGGCCCCCUAACAAAAGAGAAGCCCAAGCGCAACGGGGGCCGGGGCCUGGAGGACGUGCGACCCAGUGUGGAGAGUCUCUUAGAUGAACUGGAGAGCUCCGUGCCCAGCCCCGUCCCCACCAUCACUGUGAAUCCCGACAGCCCCCAGCGGGUCACCUCUAGCCAGCAGCAGACACGCAUCUCGGCUUCCUCUGCCACCAGGGAGCUGGACGAGCUCAUGGCCUCCCUGUCGGACUUUAAGACCAGCUCCUCUGCUGUGGCCUUGAGCUCUCCAGGGCAGCUGCCCAGCUCACGCCCACAUCACAUACUUUCUCCUCCACCUCCUGGGCCCUCAGUGUUCCUGCCAUCCACUAAUGAGUCCUUCCCCCCAGGCCUUGGGCACACCCUGGAGGGCUUCUGCGUUGAGGAGGAGAAUGGGCAGAAGGCUCCCAGCUGGCUUGAUUUAGCUGGCCUAGGGGUGACGCCAGGGACCCCUGAUUCCAGACCCCCUUCUGCAGAGCCUUCCCAGGGGCCAUUUGGCCCCAAGAGCCAGGCUCAAGAUUGGAGGGACCUCGUAAGCCCAGAGGAGGCCGUAGCUGCAACAUGGGAGCAGCCGUGGGCUUCGGAGGCGGCCAGGCCUGAGGCUCCCUGCAGAACUGUGCCGGGCUCCCAGGAAGCAGCUGAGCCACCUGUAGUGGCCGUGGACCGGCAGGCUAUCUUCCCGGAUACCUGGAGUCUCGAGCAGGAGCUCAGGCAGUUCCGGAAGGAGAUGGCAAAGCCAGAGCUGGUGGGGCCAAAGACUGCCUGUCCUUCCCCGGGGAAGGAGGAUCAGUUAGAUGGAGAGAAGCCCGGGAUGGGCAGCCUGGCCCGACCAGCCCAGGAAGCCACCAAGACCCCCGGGACGCCACAGGGCACCACCGAGGCUGAGAGGGACCAGCUGGCACUUCCACCUGACAUGCCCAGCGCCACCGGGAGGAUUUCCACCUCUGGCCAGAUCCGCUCUGUGAUCAGGAGGAGCCGGGAGACCGGCCACGCGCACCCCAUGUCCCGGGAGCCCUCCCCUCGCCGCCGGCCGGACCCCGCCACCCUGAGCAGGACCCCUUCCCAGGAGUGGCUCAUCGCAGAGCUGCAGGGGCGGCUGGGCAUCCAGCCGGAGGCCGAGGGGGCUGCGGGGACACCUGCCGAGGACUGGCUGACUGAGGGCAUCGUCAUCACAGUGCAGCCUCGAGCUCCAGGGAGGCGGGCUGGGGGGCAGCUCGGAGACAAGGUUGUCUUCCCUCCUGGCUCUCCCAUUCCCCUGAGAAGACUUUCCUCUGUUCUGGCUUCUCCUCCUCCUGUCCCUUUGCUCCAGCAUCGCAGAGACACCGCGUCCGGCAGUUCCUCUCCCCAGCCCAGCACACCUUCCCCCUUUACCCUGAGGCCCUCCACUGUCCCUUGUGUUUCUCCUGGGGGCCCGGGUGCUGGGGCAGAGCCCUGGGGAGGGGCCAUGCAGGGCCACACCCCUCCCACUGCUGCGCCCCACACUGUGAGGUCCGUGGGCUGCCAGACGGAGGAGGACUCACUCUUCCCCCCAGUGCAGGGCCCGGAGCAGAGAGUGGAUGGUGAGCUGUGCUGGGCAGCAGGCUGGCCUCCAGACCGCAGGGAGAGCAGCCCCUCAGGGCAGGAUGAGGGAGGGUUCAUGGCACAGGGGAAGACAGGAAGCAGCUCUCCCCCAGGGGGACCCCCAAAGCCCGGCAGCCAGCUUGACAGCAUGCUGGGAAGCCUGCAGUCUGACCUGAAUAAGCUGGGGGUCGCCACGGUCGCCAAAGGGGUCUGCGGGGCCUGCAAGAAGCCCAUCGCCGGGCAGGUGGUGACCGCCAUGGGCAAGACGUGGCACCCGGAGCACUUUGUCUGCACCCACUGCCAGGAGGAGAUCGGAUCCCGUAACUUCUUUGAGCGGGAUGGCCAGCCCUACUGUGCAAAGGACUACCACAGCCUCUUCUCCCCGCGCUGCCACUACUGCAACGGGCCCAUCCUGGACAAAGUGGUGACCGCCCUGGACCGGACGUGGCACCCCGAGCAUUUCUUCUGUGCCCAGUGCGGAGCCUUCUUCGGCCCUGAAGGGUUCCACGAGAAAGACGGCAAGGCCUACUGUCGGAAGGAUUACUUUGACAUGUUCGCGCCCAAGUGUGGCGGCUGCGCCCGGGCCAUCCUGGAGAACUACAUCUCGGCCCUCAACACCCUUUGGCAUCCCGAGUGCUUUGUGUGCCGGGAGUGCUUCACGCCUUUCAUCAACGGCAGCUUUUUCGAGCACGACGGGCAGCCCUACUGUGAGGUGCACUACCACGAACGGCGCGGCUCGCUCUGCUCCGGCUGCCAGAAGCCCAUCACUGGCCGCUGCAUCACCGCCAUGGCCAAGAAGUUCCAUCCCGAGCACUUCGUCUGUGCCUUCUGCCUCAAGCAGCUCAAUAAGGGCACCUUCAAGGAGCAGAACGACAAGCCUUACUGUCAGAACUGCUUCCUCAAGCUCUUCUGCUAGGUGCCCAGCCCCUUAGCGGCCCCUCCCUGGCCCAGCUUCCCCAGCUGCCACUGUGACCCAGAGGCCCCCUGGGUGAAGGGGCCCACCCCACUGAAACUGGAACCCGUGUCCUCCUGUGAUCAGUGGGUGCAGGAUGGUGGGGGGCCUCGGGGGACCCUCCUGCUUCUCCUCACCCCUCCCCGCCAGGCUGCCAACUCUUCAUCCUCCUGGAGGAUGUCCCCCAUGUGUCCCCAUGAGCCCACCUGGCCUGGCCAGCACCCCACACUGGAGCCGUCUCCUACUCAACUUUUGGCAGUGGAGUCGGGGGGAAGGGCAGGCGAGGUAUGUGGGGCUUUUUAUCCUUAUUUCCCCUGCCCUAAUCAUCCUUGUUCUGAGUAUUGGGGGACACCCAGCUCCCCCUAGUCAAUGCCAGCAGAAUCCCUUCCUUCCCAGGGCUGGUGUGUCCCAGGGAUCUCAGAAGGUUCCUCGUGUUCCCCUGCCCUCCCUCCGGUCUCCGCAGACCGGGGUGACUGCCCCCACCCUGCACCCCACCACUACUCUGGUUCUACUGAGAAAGCCUCUCCAGCAAUAAUGUUUUCUAGUCACUUCCUCCGUCGCCAGGGAGGGCGCGAGAUGCCAGGGCACUGUGCCGACUUUGGUAGAUUUCUACACUGAGGUUUGAAUUCCUAGCGUCUCCAGUUGCUUUUACUUCUCUCUACAGUGACUUUUUUUAAAGAGAUUUUAAAGAUGCUCCUUUUUUUGUACUCUCCUCUGGGCCUGCCGCCUCUGGUCUUCUCAGUGCCUGAGGCCCGGAGCUUGCCUUGUCUUGGGGGCUUUGAGGGGCAGGGAAGCAACUUGUAUUUUUCUUUUUUCUUCUCAUAAGCAGGUGAACUGGGAGCGGCUCUGUGACCCCUCACCCCCACCCCCUUGCACUUCAUGGCUCUCUAGGACUGUUUUUUGUAAACUGCUGUAUUUUGAACCCCUUCCUGUUUACUACCCAGGCCAGCAAGCUUUUCACUGAAAUUGGCCAUGGGUGUCUGCUCUGCCCUUUUGGGCCUAGAGUUCUGAACCUCAUCCAUCAUGUUCCUAACGGAGAAAGAGGGGAAUGGAGCCUUUGAGGGUGCUGUUCCCUCUUCAGAAAGCCAUUGGGAGCACCUGCUCCCCCGGGAACCUGGCAACAGAGAGAACCCACUAGAUGCUCUCAACCCCUCACAUGCCUGGGGCUCUUGGUCCUGCCUUCUCAGGAAUCUGGGAUCUGAUUUUGACCACAGAUCUUGAUUUCAUCUGGCCCCCUUUCCCCCCACAGACUGACUUCAGGCUCUUCCUCUUACAGUUGGGGCUCUCUGGCGGUAGGGUGUGGAGGGAGUCCAGAUUAUUUCGUGGGGGCCUGAUGGGACUUGGGGGCGGAGAGGACAGAAUCCUGAGGAAGCAAUGGAAACCUCCAGAGUUCACCCCAGAGGUGAAACAGGAGCCCUGCGGCAGGCCUGGGGGUUGUGGUGGGCAGAAAGGUGCCGCAUUGGGGUUGAAGACAAGGCAGACCUCGACCACUCAGCGAGCCUCAUGAUGGACUCAGAGCACUUUGUCUCUGGAGAAGGCCCUUGUCUGUGGCCAGGACUGAGAGCAGCACUGGUCUGGGGAGGUCAGCCUAGCCCCUUCUGUCUCUGCUUCCACACAGAGAGGCCUUAUCGCUCUGUUUACAGUGACCCAUCCCAGGCCCCAGCCAGGGACGGACUGGGGCUACAAGGCUCCUAACCUCUGGGUCAAUGGUUAUUGGAUGAUUUUUUUUUUCCUUCUGCAAAUGUCUAACCUGGCUUCCCACUCCCAUUUCAAUACUUGUGAUUUAUGCCAAUAAAGUUUGCCAUUAUUUUCA